CGUAAUCUAAGCUCCCAUAUUGCGCAUACGCAGUGCAGGCCGCUAGCACCGCAACCUUGCUAUUUAAGUCCUACGAUCUUCCGGCUGGCAUAAGUACAAAGGAAAUUGGCGAUAGCGAAAACAACUUCGGCAGCAUCAAUAACAGCAGCGACAAGUGCGACCGGUCAGCCGCAUUAAUGCCAAGAAUUUCGAAUAGGAAAUGCCGAACAGAAAACUUAAAUUGCUCCAGCAACUCGACAAAAGCAGCCAGCCAUUAAAAGGCGCGACACUGCGGGGAGGGGUCUAAAAAGUUUUGCUUACGUGACCACAGCAGCAGCAGAAGAUUUACACGCCUGACCUUGGGCGAAAAUCUUGCUGCAAUCUUCAAUAAUAAAAUUAAGUAUAAUUGCCGGAGGGAGACGAUAGAACAGGGCGCUGCCAGCGACUGCAACAACAACGGCAAAUGCAAAAGCAACUGCCAAUCAAAUUGUCAGUCAAGUGGAAAAGAGCAAAAACUGCAACACGAGCGGGCCGGCGAAGAAAUUUUCGCAGGGGAAAACUUCUCGCUCUUCCCCAGAACAGAAUACGCCAGGGCAGAACUGAGCAGAGAGAUCGGGCACAGCUAACACAUUUUCCAUAUACCAUAUACUAUAUGGGAUGUGUGCGAAACUUGCAAAAACAAACAGAGCAAAGACCUUGAAACGCUGCUGGGAUUGGAGGCAGCCGAAACAACAACAAACUGCAAAAUCACCCUGGAAUAACCGGCACAACUAAGCUGAAAAAAAUAAAAAUGCAACACGCAAACUUAGAACCGAAACGGGCGAAACAAAUCGACAAGCGGAUGGAACGGCAACAAUGGCAGCCGCCGCAGCGAUGUUAAAAAUAAAGAAAUAAGCACACAGAACACUUGCAACUACAUAUUUCGCCAGAACUCACUGGGAAUUGGGCCCCAGCAUCGACGAAUCGGGAUGACCCUCUUCGAAGUAGUGACUGAUUCGGAAUGCCCCUCGGCAAAAGCUUCAAGAUACGAUACCUACUUGGAAAAAGUUGUGGCGUACAUCUUGUUAAAGACACUUGAAACUGCUCAAUCUGGUGCUGGCGUUUUAAAUAAGACUACAAACUUCGAAGUACCUUUAUAGCGCUGCAUCCUUAUUGGUGUCCCUUUUCAAAUAUACCGGACGGAAAACAAAUAAAAGUCUCCAUGGAAACUCCGGCAGGCGACCAUAACAAAGGGCUGUCAAGAGAAUUUUUCAUUUACCAACGAACCGCACUGUGAAAAUGUUGCACCAGGGAAUUAUCCUGCGUGAGGGGCAUGUAACCAGGACAAUAUACAAUCUGAUCAAAGACAAGCGCUACGAGGAUGUGAUCGAGUGCGUAACCAAUUUCGGUGAGGCGGCCAACACAAGGGCGGGGCUAUCCACCCUGGGACACUGCUACUACCACGCCCAGAAGUACGAGGAGGCGGCCACCUGCUACGAGCAGCUCUGCCAGCUGGCUCCCAAGGAAGCCAAGUACAGAUUCUACUACGCCCAGUCGCUGUACCAAGCUGGCAUCUUCGCUGAGGCUCUGCGGGUGCUCAAGCAAAUCGGAGACCAGGAAGAUGAGCUCCGGGAGCACUGUCUCCAGUUGCAGAGUGCGAUCCUCUAUUCCAGUGAGGACUUUGCCGGGGCCCAGAGCUUACUGAAUCAGCGGGCAGGGGGCACUGCGGAUACUCUCAACGAUGAAGGGUGUCUCCUGUUCCAGGCAGACCAGCAUGAGGCGGCGGUCCAGCGAUUCCAAGCUGCCCUCCAAGUGGGCGGCUUCAACCCACUAGUGGCCUACAAUGUGGCUCUGGCUCAUUUUCAAAGGAAACAGCGAGCUCAAGCUCUGGAUUAUACCUCCGAGAUUGUGGAGAGAGGGAUGCGAAAUCAUCCUGAGCUGGGAAUCGGUGCCCAGGUGGACAUUCCCGAUGGCGGUGCCAGGAGCGUUGGCAAUCCCAUCACAAUGGCCGUAUCGGGAAUCACCCAAGCACUUAAUUUAAAGGCAGCCCUGGAGUUUCAAGACGGCAAUGAGGAGGCGGCCAGAGACGCCCUCCUGGACCUUCCCCCUCGAGCUGAAAGCGAACUAGAUCCGGUCACGUUGCACAACAUGGCCUUAACCGAUGUCCAGGGUCCCGUUGCGGGCCUGAGGAAGCUGGCGUUCCUUCUGGAGCUGGGCGCUCCCUCCUGCCCCAAGGAGACCUUCGCCAAUAUCCUGCUGAUCUGCUGCAAGCACGAACUGUACGAAACUGCUGCGGAUAUCCUGGCGGAGCACACUGACCUCACCUACAAGUAUCUGUCGCAGUACCUUUAUGAACUUCUGGAUGCCCUAAUAACCGCACAAACUAGUGCAGAGCUGGCCGAAAAGAAGCUUGGCACGCUGGCCUCCAGUCUGGCCGGUAAGUUGCGCAGCCUGGCAGCAAAAGUUCAGGAGGUUAGGGCCACCAACGAGCAGCAGGCCCUAAGAGAUGCCCUUAAGGACUACGAGCAGGCGCUGGAACUUUAUCUGCCGGUGGUGAUGGCUCGAGCCUGGAUUUCAUGGCGCGAUGACGACUUCGUGGGAGCUGAAAGGGAAUUCCAUUCGAGUGCAGAGUUCUGUUCAGAGAACUCCAUUUGGCGACUGAACGCAGGACAUGUGCUCUUCAUGCAGGGCGAUAAGUACAACGAGGCCGCUGCCUUUUAUGAACCCAUCGUGCGGCAGCACUCAGAUGAUAUCAUGUCCGUUUCGGCAGCAGUGCUGGCCAACUUGUGCGUUUCCUACAUCAUGACAUUCCAGAACGAGGAGGCCGAGGAGCUGAUGCGCAAGGUGGAGAAGGCCGAGGAGCUGAAGGGCAAUCUGGGCAAGCAGUACCACCACCUGUGCAUUGUAAACCUGGUGGUGGGCACGCUGUACUGCGCCAAGUCCAACUACGAGUUCGGUCUCUCCCGCAUCGCCCAUGCCCUGGAGGGUGGGUCUGGGAAUCGCCUGUACGCCGACACCUGGAUGCACGUGAAGCGGUGUGUCCUGGGGCUGCUCACCGGCAUGGCCAAGCAGAACAUCAUCCUGCCCUAUGCCACCGUGCAGGAGGUCCUCAACUUCCUGCGCUUUUGCGAGGCCUACGGGCUCUUUACGCCGGCCAACAUUUUCUCGGCCACCGAACAGGUGCCGGAGGAACCUCUGACCAUUGGACUGGAGGCCCGGAAGCUGCGGCUUCUGAUGAUUAGGCUGAGCGAAUAUGACAAUUUUUAACUCCUGCGUUGAGCUGUAUCGGGAUUUAAGUUAUAUAAUAAAUCAGAAAUGUAAAGAUUGA